ACCAGCCGUGACCCACCAACCCUCCACCUCUGUCACCAGCCGUGACCCACCUACCCUCCACCUCUGUCACCAGCCAUGACCCACCAACCCUCCCCCUCUGUCACCAGCCGUGAACCACCUACCCUCCCCCUCUGUCACCAGCUGUGACCCACCUACCCUCCACCUCUGUCACCAGCCGUGAACCACCUACCCUCCCCCUCUGUCACCAGCUGUGACCCACCUACCCUCCACCUCUGUCACCCCACCUGUGCCGGGCAACUUUGUCUGUCUCCACCAUGGCUGGUGGCAGCUACUUCCCCACUGGUCUCUCCACCCCUCUCCCAUCUCCUUUUCUCCCCAGGGUGCAGCGGGGUCAUUUUGCUGUGCAGUCAUGGUCCCGUUCUUCCCAGGGCCCUGUCCAUUCUUUGCUGCAGUCUGCACAGCCCUGAGUGCCUGGCACGGCUGGCGCACAGCCUCGCUCUAUACCUGGCCCCUUCAGGAUGAAGCUUCAGCCACACUGGCCUUCCUCUGGGGCCAGGAGAGUGCCCCAUCCCUCACCUGGAGCACUCCUCCCUUCACCUGGAGCUCCCCUCCCUUCACCUGGAGCACCCCUCCCUUCACCUGGAGCACUCCUCCCUUCACCUGGAGCACUCCUCCCUUCACCUGGAGCACUCCUCCCUUCACCUGGAGCACCCCUCCCUUCACCUGGAGCACCCCUCCCUUCACCUGGAGCACUCCUCCCUUCACCUGGAGCACCCCUGCAGCACCCCUCACCUGGAGCACUCCUCCCUUCACCUGGAGCACCCCUGCAGCACCCCUCACCUGGAGCACUCCUCCCUUCACCUGGAGCACCCCUCCCUUCACCUGGAGCACUCCUCCCUUCACCUGGAGCACCCCUGCAGCACCCCUCACCUGGAGCACUCCUCCCUUCACCUGGAGGACCCCUGCAGCACCCCUCACCUGGAGCACUCCUCCCUUCACCUGGAGCUCCCCUCCCUUCACCUGGAGCACUCCUCCCUUCACCUGGAGCUCCCCUGCAGCACCCCUUACCUGGAGCACUCCUCCCUUCACCUGGAGCACCCCUCCCUUCACCUGGAGCUCCCCUGCAGCACCCCUCCCCUGGAGCACCGCUUCCUGGAGCAUUUCCUCAUGUGGAGUAGCCCUCCCUUAG